GCAUGGCGCAGCGAGAGUGACGGGGAGCAGUGGCUAAUCUUCGGAUAUUCAGUGGAUAUUUUUGGAGAUCAUGCAGAAAUCCUGAAAUGAGAGUGUGGUGAAAGACUACGAAAGUCGGAUUCAACACUGGAAGAAGGUGUCAGGUGACUAUGAAGCCCUGGAUGACCGCCUCAAAACUCUGCCAGAUCAGCUGUCGUAUGACAUCAUGGUGCCAUUUGGCCCUUUGGCCUUUAUGCCAGGAAAACUGGUGCACACCAAUGAAGUCACAGUGUUGCUGGGCGAUAACUGGUUCACCAAGUGCUCUGCCAAGCAAGCUCAAAAAAUUGUCGAUCACAGGAUGAAGUAUGUGAAGAAUGAACUAGAUGGUCUGUCCAAGACAAUGAAAAACUUUGAAGCCAAAGUUGGGUUUGCAAAGGAUUUGGAAACCAUCUCUGCUAGUAAAGGCGACUAUGUUGACAUCAGAGAGGAGGUUGGAAACAAUGACUCUGUUGUCACCAAAGGAAAGCAGAGAAUAGCUCACAAACCAAACUCGAAGCCCAAACUGGAUGUGGUUUUUGAUUUUAAAGAUAAUGAGGAGGAUGAAGAAGAAGACAGAGAUGGUGGGAGAGGGAAAGGCAUUAUGAGUGAGGAGGAGCUGUGGGCUAGACUGGAUGAACUCGAGAAACUGGAGGAACUACAAGAUGAGCAGGACAGAUUAUCUGAUAAUGGAGACAUGAAUGGGGAGGACACAUCAUCCUCUUCCUCAGAGGAGGAGAAGGAGGCAGAUGCUACGACUCCAGUAAAUGGGCUGAGUUUGAAGCCAGGAUGGAGCUCACUGCCUUCCAGCACAGCGCCACUUAGACAGGACAGGAAAGAGGAAGAAGACUUUGAGGAGGAGGAAGAAGAAGCCAACUGUUUGCCGACUAUCUACUUUUCUCACACAGUUGAACCCAAGAAGGUGAGAAUAAAUACAGGCAAAAACACCACGCUGAAGUUUAGCGAGAGGAAAGAGCAGAAGGAACACUCGAAGAGGAAAAAGAAAAACGGCCACAACAAUGGACAUGCUCAUCACGAACUUCACAAAAUCACAACACCAGCAGACAUUUACAGGUUAUUUGUGGAUGUGAAGAAUGGGGAACCCAUUCCUAGGAAGUCCAUCCUGAAGUCACGCAGUCGAGAGAACAGCGUGUGCAGCGACACAAGCGAGAGCAGCGCCGCGGACUUUGAAGAGCGUAGAAUGAUGGGACGCAGCUUCAGCCACGACGAGGCAACGCACAGCGACACCAGCGAUGGCAUCACAGAGGAGGACAGUCCCACAGCAGUACUGCUGCAACCUCCCAGCAGAUUUGAGGCUUUUUCAGGUACAGUGAUCGAAAAGGAUCCGAUGCCCUCAGCUGUCCCCCAUCUGACUAUCUCUCCUCCAGCUCUGCCAACAAUACUGGAGAGGAAACAGGAGGAGGUGGCGCCUGACGUUGCCCCACCCCAGCAGGCCCCAAAAAGGGUGUCGAAGUUCAAAGCUGCCAGAUUGCAGCAGAAAUGACUGUUAAGGAGUAAAUAAUCUGCUUUUAUAUUAACAUCUUUUGUGAAGCCUUUGUUUCUCUCUAGUAACCGAACGAAAAACAAAGCAUACGCUCAUUUCUUUGCACGUCUUUCAUCCACUGAUGGGGUUUUUCUGUUUGUGUCUGUAAGGUAGAACACUUAACAAAUCAACCUUGUGCGUAACACUGCUUUUUAACAAGCCGCAGACGUGGGUUAAUGCAGUCUCUUUUGCUUAUCUGCUACAAAAGGCAUUCUCCUUUUAGGCUUGUUUAAGCAGUUUGCUGUCUGUCAUAAGUUUACCUGCCUACUUUUCUGUUGAUCUGUGAUAUUGCCAGGUUAAGUCAGACUGUAGGCUUUGCCGUAUAGGAUGAGUUGCCUUGUUUGUUUUUUUUUUUCUUUUCGCCCUGUAUUGAUCAUUAAACAAAAUCAGGUCUUUCUAGUUCUCAUUUGACCUUCUGUUGACCUGCCUACUGAAUGUAUGCAUUCCUUUGUGGCAAGAUUUAUGUAAAACAGAAAAAAAUAUUGAUGGAAAGUAAAAGAAAAAUAAAUGAUUUUGACUAUAAAUCUUGGUUCCUUUUUGUUCCAGAAAGGAGAAAAUAAUUCUUCCUCUCUUACAGAAGGAGAUGGAUCUAUAUUUCAUUUAUGUUCUGCUGACAGAGCUUUAUUGU